AUGGCAGAGGGUCCCCAGCAGCUGCUGGAAGUCUGUGGGCAGAGGCUGUCCCGCUUCCUCUGUGAUGCCCAGAACAAGCACCUGGCCUGGCUGCGGGAGGUGGAGGAGCAGGGCAUGAGGAUGCUCAAGAGCAGCUUCAGGGAUGAGCCUAUGCUCUUGCCCAAAACGCCAUCGCAGAGAAGGAAGCUCAGGAAAAGGCAGUCCUCCUGGAUGAGGGAGGAAAACAAGGAGCUGAGCAAGAGGAGGUUUUCCCGAAGGAGGAGUGGUUUCAAGCUGCUGUCUUCCAGUCUGAAUUCCCAGAGAUGCCUGAGCCAGGAGCAGUCCCAGAGCCCUGGCUGUGAGGGGCAGGAUGUAUCCGUGCCUGGCUGCACUCUGGAAUCUCAGGCUGGCAUCACACCCCAGCCCCCUGCUCUGCCCAGGAAGCAGCCUGUGAAAGCACAUGUUCUCACAGCAGACCUGGAUUGCCAGGAGUGUCCCCAGGGUGCUGCUGGGGGUGAAGCAGCCCCUCCAGCAGUUUUGGAGGAGCGGCUGCCUGAGGGUGAUGCAGCAGCAGAGCUCCAGGAGGUCUCUGGUGUCCCUGGGAUCCCAGCUGAACAGCCAGGAAGGGAUGGGGAACAGGACCCCAGGCGAGCCAGCACCUCCACUCCCAAGGCUGCUCAGAAUGGUGAUCCUGCUGUGUUCCAAGGAAAUGGAUCUCCUCAAGACCUUGAGAUGCUGCUCUUCCAGGACUCCCCUAGUAAAAGUGCAACAGCAAAAUCCAGGACACACCGCCGGAGCGGGCUGGCGGCCCCCCGCAAGAGCCAUAGGACUUCCCUGGCAGAAAAAUGCUCCCUGGCCAGCAGGAGGGAGAACAUGAUCCGGAGAUCCAUCAGCAGGGCCAUGGCCAGGAAGGCAACAGCACGAGAAUCCUCCUCAGCCUCCAGCAGAGUGAGCUGUCAGAGCUCCUUGGAGGCUUUUGUGGAAGAAGAUGUGAUCAGCAACACAAGGCCUGAGCUGGAGCCAAAUUCCCCAAGGGAAAAGGCUUCUAGAGAUGUCCUUGUUCCAAGCACAAGUCCCCGAGCUGCCAGCCCUACUGCACAGCACCUGUCCCCUCUGGAGCAGCAGGCAGGGAAUGCUGCAGGAAGCCAUGUAAAUCCCAACAGUGAACCUCAGAAGAGCCAGGAACAACCCAACUGUGCCAAGUCCCGGGAGAAUUCCUCCCGCAUGUGGAUGAAAGGCUGCAAGCAAGCCCUGGGUGUCCUGUGGCAGGGGCAGCACACGGGGGGCCGGCCCCUUUCCCCUUUGGAUGAGAAGCUCAAGACUUCAGCAAACCAGGCUCCAUCAUCCCCCUCUCCAGCCAGCAAGGCUGUCAGGCCACUGAAGAACUUCCUGCAGGGACAAGGGGGUGGCAUCAAGGACUUCAUCAAGCGCAACACUCCCACCCGGCCCCCCCUGAAGGGAGACUUUGUUGAGAAGGAGAGGCAGAGACUAGAGAACCUCCGGAAGAAGCAGGAGGCUGAGGAGCAGAGAAGGAAGAAAGUGGAGGAGGAGAAGAGACGGCGUCAGGCAGAAAUGAAGCAGAAGCGGGAAGAGCGUCUGAGGAAGGCCCUGCAGGCUCGGGAGCGUGCAGAACAGAUGGAGGAAAAGAAGAAAAAGCGGAUGGAGCAGAAGAUCCUGCAGAGUGAUGAGAAGGUGAAGGAAGAGAAGGUGGCAGAGGACCGGAGCAAGAGGAAAGGGUCCAAGAAACAUGGGGAAGUGGAGGCACGGAGGCAGAAAGCCCUGAAAGGGGAGGAAAAUGAGCAGCAAGAACCACUGCAGAAAAGAGAGGAUGAAGUGAAGGAGAGGGGGAAGACAGUCUUGGAACUGAAGAACCUUCUGGAGCAGCAACAACUGGGACAAGCGAAGGAGAGGGAUCCCAAGCAGCGAGGGAAGGAGAAGCCCCCCCAAGCACAGCAGGAGCCAGCAGCGUUGGCUGGCAAGGCCACCAAGGGGAAAGAAAGUCCCAAAGAGCUGCCCCUUGGGCCUGGGCUGGACAAAAGAUAUGAGGCACCAGAAUGCCUUUUCCCAGCUCUUAAUGUCUGGCUCCAAGCAGAGAGGGAGGCUGAUGGUCAACAGCAGCCGGGAGAGGAGAAAAAGCCCAUUCAACCAGCAGCCCCUGGGACAUGGCCGAACAAAGCCGUCAAGGUGAGCCCUGGCCCCGGCACAGCCCUCGGGUGGCCCCCACCUUCUGUGGCUACUUAG